AACCGCUGUUGAACUUUCAGAGGGCUCAACUUUUCACAAGAUCGAAACUUUCACUCUCCCAAUUACCAAACGAUAAAAACAAAUAGAGAAAACCCUCAAAUUCUCGAGGUAAUAUGUCGCAGUCAUCGCGUCCAAAUAGCCCGGAUGAUCAAACGGCAAUGUAUAUUCGUGUCAAACGUAAUAAGAUUACUUACUUUUUGACAUGUGUGCCAAGCGAGACAAUUUUACAAAUCAAGGAGAAAUUGCAAGAACUCAUAGAUCAACCAGUUAAUGAUCAACGCCUGAUACUAAUGCCAAAUAAGGAAGUGUUAGAUGAUUCAAAAUCACUGGCAGAUCAGAAGGUUGAAAAUGAUGCUGUUGUGGCCCUCACUCUGAGAAAAGAUGACAAUGAAUUUGAAGACGUGAAUAUCACGAGGCCAACAGAUUUUAACCCAUCCCCCGAUGGUGGUUCUAAUUGGUGAACCAGAACAUACAAGAAACAACUAUCUCCGACUUACUUUUCAACCAAAAGUGCUGCUUAAGUUGAGUUGCUUUCAUAACAUUAUAGUUUGUCUGUCAAAGCAUUUGUAUCGUUGAGGUCUUUGGACAUGCUAUAGAGCGAAGUAUUUGAAUUUGAUUAUAUUAGGGUCUUUCUGAAUGGAAGUCUCUUUGCCUCCCUCCCUCUCAAUCUCAUAUAUGCAGUUGCAUGCCUGUGUCCAUGUGCUGUUGUUUUAGUUGUUGGUUUGUUUAUUCAUCUUGAAAAUUUUUAAGUUUGAUCGACUUUUGAAAUUCUUUUACAUGUUAUUCCGAGUUCAGCUCUUAUUUGUAUUA